AUGGGUCAGCACAAAAGUAAAUCGGCUAGGCCCAAUGACAUAAACGGCAAUAACACCACCGUGUCAAGUAAACCGAAGAAGGCCAACAAGAAGCUGACAAUGGAGGAUUUGGAAGAACUAGAGGGCAAAACAUACUGUAAGCGUUACUUUUUUUAUACUAAAAUGUCAUGUGAAAACGUAUAUUAUCCUUUAGAAACUAUAUUUAUGUCAAAUAUGAAUCAUAUUUGUUGAAAGGGUGUCGUCAGAGUAAGAAUGUUUACGUCAAGAACAACAUUCUUUUUUGUAUAUUACCUGCACUAUAAACAAACACAUUUUAGUCACAAAGAAAGAACUUAGAAAGUGGUACAAAGACUUUGUCAGAGACUGUCCUAGUGGCGAGCUCAAGCUGGAAGAGUUCCAGAACAUCUACAAGCAGUUCUUUCCCAACGGAGAUCCCUCCAAGUUCGCUGCAUUUGUGUUUAAUGUGUUUGAUGACAACAGAGUAAGUGGACCUGCUAAUGUAGUGCUCUUACUCGCCAAACUUGUGCAUUUUAAAACUUUAAUGCCUUGAGCAAGACUUGGUAAUGUUUGUUGUCUUGAAUACUAUAUAAGUGUCAUUACUCGUAUACUACGUAACACUUCAGGAUGGUCACAUUUCAUUUAAAGAGUUCAUUGCCGCCCUAUCCAUCACGUCCAGAGGAACGUUGGACGAGAAACUAGAUUGUAAGUUGUCCCUAAUCCCUUCCCAUCUAUAUUAAUAUUAUUACCCUGAUGUUAUUGUCUUUCAGGGGCUUUUUCGUUGUACGACGUAGACAAAGACGGCUUCAUAACAAAAGAAGAGAUGGCUAAUAUUGUGGACGCCAUCUAUUCGAUGAUAGGAAACAUGUUAGAGCUGCCCAAAGACGAGGACACCCCACAGAAGCGAGUGGAGAAGAUUUUCUCAAAUAUGGAUUUGGUAAGAAACUUUCAAAUUCAAAGUAAAUGAUUAAACACAUCAUCAUAAAUGGUCUUGAAGUAAAGAAUUCACAAUUAUCUGUAGAGUAGUGAAAUUAUGAUGACACUUAAUAAUCUCAUUGUAAUAUUAUAGAAGAGUAUUGUUCCCCUUGAAGAGACUAGGGGACUAUUAAGUACCGUUAAUCUGUUUUCAGAAUUUCGACGGGAAACUGACACGUGAAGAGUUCAAACAAGGCAGUAAAAAUGACCCCUGGAUUGUCCAGGCCCUCACGAUGGAUAUGAGUGGUGGAGCCGACGCCGAGAAAUAA